AAUAGUAACUAUCCUGUAAGUCUUCCUUGGAGGAUACCUUAUUCAGGAAAUCCAGAACGUCUGAAUGAAGAGGAGUUUUGGGAAGCUUCAAAGACUACACAAAUUAAUGAAAAUACUCCAUCAAAACCUGCAACAGACCUUGGUUUGAUGGAAGUGAAUCCAAAAACAAGACUUUUAUUCCUUCAAUUGCCAAACAUUAUUCCUACAUUAAACAAUAGUCAAAGCUCAGCUGCUUCAAGUUCUUCUAAUAAGGCAGUAUCUUCAGAGAAAACUUGCAAGUUGAAUGAGUUACCUGCUGGCUAUAUGGGAAAACUGUUAGUUUACGAGAGUGGCGUUGUCAAGCUUAAACUCGGUGAAACCAUAUUCGAUGUAAGAUUUGAGACUCUCUGUUUUGUUAUAAUGCAAUUUUACCAUUUGAUUUGA